AUGGUGUCACCUGAAUGGCUUGUGAUGUGGCGCGCUGUGCAUUGGGUUUGCCUCGGAUUAGCCGCUAUCGCUGCGCUCUAUUUGCUUCUUCUUCACUCACUGAUGUUCCACCGCCUGAAGCGACGCAUGGCUGAUUUGUUGCUCGGUGGCAUUGCGCUCGCAGAUCUGAGCUUUGUGACCCUGGAGGCAUGCCAGCAGUUGAUGCAUACGUCCUACUUUGCACGCUAUUGGCGAGAAAAAGAUGGAGAUCAAGAUGGAAAUCAAACGACAGGAGAGUUUGCGUUGACGCUCUUGGGUCGUUUCAGCUUCUUCAUGUCCUUGUACUGGGUCGCCAACCUGUCGCUACUCAUGAGGCUUGGUAGUUUUGAAGCUUUUCACACCAAGAGGAGUCUUCUAUUGUCAUCAUUGACGUCACUAAUCUACGGCUGUAUGCACGCCAUUCUCCCGAUGUCAAGUGACCAGAAUGAACAUCAUUUCACACUAGCGUACACCGUAAAAGUUGUGCUGCUGUUUCUGAUGCAGACGACACCGUUGCUGCUAAUAUUAAGAAAUCUUCGUGUUGUGAGGAGGUCUCGACUCAACGCAUCCACUCAAGGACAGCAUAUUCAUCGAAGACUUGCAGCUUAUUGCGUCUGUGCUACGGCAUUUACACUGCCGUACGCACUCGUGCUCAUCUUGUUCCAUGAUCUUGUCGGGGUGGGGGCUCUUGCUGAAACACUCAGCUAUUUGGUCCCUAUAGCGAAUGCGCUGCUGUUUGGUACGAGUCUGAGCUACUGCUGUGCUAUGGCACCAAAGGAAACGACACUGUCGACUCUCGAAAAAGUGCAAGUCUGCAAUACUCCAUUGUCGUCAAUAGAUAUUUCUGCAGGUGUGCUGACUGACGGAAGCGAAACUCCUUGUAACACAGGCUACAUUGGUAUGUUAACAGGUGGGGUAUAUGGCAUUCGAGAUGGAUUACUAGCUGGUGAUCCUCUCAUUGAAGUGGAGAUAGAAGGACCAGCUAUAAAGAUUGGCGAGGGAUCUAGUGCAGAAGUGUACAAGGCUCAAUGGGUCGGAAUCACUGUUGCGCUCAAAUGCCUGCGUCUGCAGGCUGGAAGUAGCUCCGAAGCAGACUUGUAUAUGACGCAUCUGGCUAAAUUGCGUACCGAAUUUCUUGAUGAGGCUUUGCUAGCUGCUCAGCUUCGACAUCCAAACAUUACACUUUUUAUCAAAAUGGGCACCUACAAGGGUACAUUGUGUCUCGUCAAUGAAUAUUGUGCACGCGGGUCACUUCGAGAUGUUCUUCGUGCAAAUCCUUUAAUGGGAUGGCAUACAAAAGUACGUUUAGCCUUCGAGGCGGCAAAAGGUUUGGCGUUCAUGCAUAAUCGCAAGCCAAUUUACUUGCACCGUGAUCUCAAAGCUUCCAACAUUCUUGUGACGGUUGACUGGACGGCUAAAAUUGCCGAUUUUGGCAUUGCUCGCAUUGCUACAAACUUCACGGCAAAACAACGUCGUAUGUCACAAAAGUGUUCAAUGCAGUCUCUACAGUCUCUACAAUCAUUAGAUGAGAGAAUUGUCACGAUGGAUGCAGCAGCUUCGGAAUUGAUUACAACUUUUGCUGGCACGUGGCGUUGGAAUGCUCCAGAAAUCAUGAAAAAUCCCAAUGAGUGCUGUUUUAACCGCAAAACAGACAUCUACAGCUUUGGUGUGGCUUUGUGGGAGAUUCUGACGAAUGGAGCAAUAGCGUUUGGUAACGUCCAAUUUGAUCAUCAGGUGCGACAGCUUGUGGCGUCAGGUGAGCGUCCAUUGCUACCCCCUGCUUAUAUACGACAUGCUCCAUCUGAAUUCAUCGAAGUUAUAUGCGCAUGUUGGCACCAAGAGCCGGAAAAGCGACCUAGUGCUCAAAAUGUGAUGCUACGACUCAAAUCAUUGUCUUCUAUGCUAUCAAAUGGAUCUGAAAGCUGUACGUCGUCUCAGGACAGAACACACUACGUCAUGAAUGAAAGCGAUUAUCAAGCCAUGGACUCGAACCAAAGUUGUCCAGGAUUAUAG